GAGACCGAAACCAAAUAUCAGUUCCUUCCUUGGCCUGCCCCUCUAAACGACACCUAAACCAGAUCACACACCACCACCAUCCUCCAAUCCCUUCUUUCUCCGACGCCGCUUCUCUCUCUUCUCUCUCGGCCCGUGACGACUGCGUUUCAGCUUAGUUAGGGUUCCGAACACCAGCAAUGGAUUGGGGCAACGUCACGGCCGAGGAUCUGGUCGACGCCCUCCGCGAAGUUGACUGGUCAUCUCCGCCGCGCCCCUUCUCGGAAUUCUUCUCCAGGUUCACCGUCCCCAGAUCCUCCGCCAAAUGGAACAGCCGCCUCAAAUGCAAUCUCUACUACUACAGAACCAACUACUUCCUCUUGAUUGUUACGAUUCUCGCCUUGGCUUUUGUGAUUAGGCCUCUUGCGAUUGUUGCCGCCGUUCUGACUGCACUCACCAUUGCUUUUCUGAAUGACAGCUUUGCAGGUACUUUUAGUGAGAAAGUAACAAAAUCUGUGAGGCAAUUCUCACCACAUCUAGCUGCAAAGAUGAGACCUUCUCUUACGCCUGUAAUUCGUGGACGUCCAUCAGCUAAGAGAGCAAUAUUCAUAUGUGGUCGGCCUCGUUGGGUUUUUGUUUUGAUCUUCUCUUCUGUGAGUUUCUUCAUGUGGUUCGUUUCUUGUGGUCUCUUAGUUGUCUCAUGGGCACUUUCCGUUGGACUUCUCGCUACUUUACUGCAUGCAAGCUUCAGGACACCCAACUUGAAAGCACGUCUGAACACAUUCCGCGAGGAAUUUCGUCAAGUUUGGCGUAACUAUAGUGAGCUGUAAUUUCUCUGGAUAUUCUAUAAUCAACAGUCUUUGCUUUUGUUAGGAAUCGUGCUAUUGAUUGUGAAUCUCAUACAAAGUCGUGAUUUGGAGCUGAGCUUCAAGCUGCUAUAAAAUAAUCUUGGCUGGACCGGAAUAUUAGUAAAAGCUAGGCACCUCUUGAAGAUCACCAGCGGGAUGUAAAUCAUCAUGAACAACUAUUUCUGUAAAGCAAAUAGUUCCUUUUCACAAUCCAUAUUUGUAGGAGACAUUGAAGGAUCUUAUGUGCAGUAGUGUUUAACAUUCUUAGAUUAUAUGGGCGGUGUUUUAAGUCCCUCUGCUUGUUAUGACUUUUUUAUGUUGCUUUGAAUAGAAGGUAGUGAUUUAGUCCAA